UGUUGAUUUAAUUUCAGACAAUAUUGAGUCAACAGUCACAAAUGAACCAGUGACUCCAACAACUUCCACAAAAUAUGCAGAAGAUUUCACAGUGACCAGACAAGAGACAAUAAUGACAACAGAGGCUCCCGAAAGAGAAUGUACAACGGAAAUCAACUUAUCAACACCAGAAGAAAGAACAACGGUGGAGAGCGUAACAACGACAUAUGAAAAAAGACAAUCAGAACCGGCUGAUUUCAUUUCAGAAAAUGCUAAGUCAAAAGGUACACAUGAACCAGUUACUCCAACAACUUCUAGAGAGUAUGAACACACUGAAAUAGUAACUGACAAUGAAACAGAAUGUACAACUGAAAUCGAGUUACAAAUGCCAGAAGAUAAAACACCUGUGAAGAAAACGACAACGUAUGAAAAUAGACAGGCAGAAACUGGUGAUUUAAAGUCAGACGAUCUAGCAACAAAAGUUACAAAUGAAUUAGUUACACCAACCACUUCCAGAGAACAAGAACAUACUGUCAUAGUGACUGAACAUGAAAUUACAUUAGUGGUUCCUGAUGCAGGAUGUACGACAGAUUCAGGGAGCUCAAUAGAAAAACCUGAAGAAGCUUUGGAGAAACCAUCAAUGGAAAGGAAAGAAAUGAGGUCAACAAUGGCAGUGCCAGGAGUGGAAAUUCAAUCAAAGCCAAGCAAAGAAACAGAAGAGUCACAGCAAACAGAUGAAGAUGGUUGCUUUGGACUAAUUCAUCGUACCACCUCUGGGUUGAAAAGAUGCCAGGAGAAGUUGAUAAAAAUGGAUAAUUUAAGUUCAGAACUUCAUGCAACUGAAGGUACAAAUAAAUUAGUUACACCAACCACAUUUAGAAAACAUGUAGAAGAUUUAAUGGAGACAAAAGAAGACAAAAGAAUGACAACAGAGGCUCUUGAAACAGAAUGUACCACAGAAAUAGAGGUAUUGAUGCAAGAAGAGAAAACAUCAAUAGCGAGAACAACCACAUAUGAAGAAAGAGAGGCAGAACCUGUUGAUUUUGUUUCAGACAAUAUUGAGUCAACACUCACAAAUGAACCAGUGAUGCCAACACCUUCCAGAGAACAUGAACAAACUGUCACACCAACAAAACAUGAAAUGACAGUGCCAGGAGUGGAAAUUCAAUCAAAGCCAAGCAAAGAAACAGAAGAGUCACAGCAAACAGAUGAAGAUGGUUGCUUUGGACUAAUUCACCGCACCACCUCUGGGUUGAAAAGAUGCCAGGAGAAAAUGAUAAAAAUGGAUAAUUUAAGUUUAGAACUUAAUGCAACUGAAGGUACAAAUAAAAUAGUUACACCAACCACAUUUAGAAAACAUGUAGAAGAUUUAAUGGAGACUGAAGAAGACAAAAGAAUGACAACAGAGGCUCUUGAAACAGAAUGUACCACAGAAAUAGAGGUAUUGAUGCAAGAAGAGAAAACAUCAAUAGUGAGAACAACCACAUAUGAAAAAAGACAGUCAGUACCUGUUGAUUUAAUUUUAGACAAUAUUGAGUCAACAGUCACAAAUGAACCAGUGACUCCAACAACUUCCACAAAAUAUGCAGGAGAUUUCGCAAAGAAAAGACAAGAGACAAUAAUGACAACUGAGUCUCUUGAAACAGAAUGUACAACAGAAAUUGAGUUACAAACACCAGAAGAUAAAACACCUGUGAAGAGAACAGAUACCACGUAUAAGGAAAGACAGUCAGAACUUGGUGAUUUAAGGUCAGAAGAUCAUGCAACAGAAGGUACAAAUGAACAAGUGACACCAACCACAUCCAGAGAACAUAAACAAACUGUCAUACCAACAGAACAUGAAAUGACAGUGCCAGGACUGGAAAUUCAAUCAACACCAAGCAAGGAAACGGAAGAGUCAAAGCAAACAGAUGAAGAUGGUUGCUUUGGACUAAUUCACCGCACCACCUCUGGGUUGAAAAGAUGCCAGGAGAAGAUGAUAAAAAUGAAUAAUUUAAGUUCAGAACUUCAUGUAACUGAAGGUACACAUAAAAUAGUUACACCAACCACAUUUAGAAAACAUGUAGAAGAUUUAAUGGAGUCUAAAGAAGACAAAAGAAUGACAACAGAGGCUCUUGAAACAGAAUGUACCACAGAAAUAGAGGUAUUCAUGCAAGAAGAGAAAACAUCAAUAGUGAGAACAACCACAUAUGAAGGAAAACAGUCAGAACCUGUUGAUUUAAUUUCAGACAAUAUUGAGUCAACAGUCACAAAUGAACCAGUGGCACCAACCACUUCCACAAAAUAUAAAGAAGAUUUCACAGAGAAAAGACGAGAGACAAUAAUGACAACUGAGUCUCUUGAAACAGAAUGUACAACAGAAAUUGAGUUACAAACACCAGAAGAUAAAACACCUGUGAAGAGAACAGAGACCACAUAUGAGGAAAGACAGGCAGAACCUGUUGAUUUCGUUUCAGACAAUAUUGAGUCAACAGUCAAAAAUGAACCAGGGACACCAACAACUUCCACAAAAUAUAAAGAAGAUUUCACAGAGAAAACACAAAAGAGAACGACAACCGAGUCUCUUGAAACAGAAUGUACAACAGUAAUCGAGACACAGCAAACAGAUGAAAACGGUUGCUUUGGAUUAAUUCAUCGCAACACUUUUGGGUUGAAAAGAUGCCAGGAGAAGAUGAUAAAAAUUACGUUUUACAAUACAACACCAAGACCACAACAGCCUUCAACUGUGAAAUAUAAGCAAGAGCCUUCAACAGAGCUAUCUUUCAUGUUACAGAAUGCACUGCAAUCAUCCCCCCCGAGUAAAUUUCAGAGUUCUAAACAAGUUACCAAAAAUAAUGUGGAUAAAGUUAAUCAAAUUGAAGCAGAAAAUAACCACUUCUACUAUUUCAACGGCAAGUUAAAAAGAGUUGGAAAUCAUGCUUUGAGGGUUGAGUAUGAAAACAACACCAUAGGAAAAUCAUAGUAUUUUUGCAGUAAAAUGAAAUUUGAAUUACAUAAAUGUUCUCACAAAGAUUUUUGAUUCUUCCUGCAUAUGUACAAAUGAUGUUAUGUGGAAUUAAUGAUCAGCCAGUUACACAGCAGGUCUCAUUUUCUCAUACAUUUGCAUAGAGAUCAAAUCUGAGACUGUUUGGUUCCCUAUUAUGUGUCACGUUAUAUUAAAAAAUCUUUAGACAGACAGACAGACAGAUACAUACAUAUAUAGAACAAAAAGACAAAAAACCUAAUAAUGUAUUAGCAGGUGAAGCGUCACAGCCCAGGGGAGUGUUUCUGCUGUCGCUGCUUGUGGCUAAUUCACCUGACACCUACAGCAGUUGAACGCUGGAUUGUCAGUUUGUUGCUCUGUCUUGGAAGAGGAACGUAUGACUAAUUCCAGAUAAUAAAUAAAUAUAGGCUAUAGAUAAAACCUGCUAGCUGUGUUGAGGAGCAGAUGAUGGUUUUCAAAGCGUCUCAGAGCCGUUCAAUGAGGUGAUGAAGGGAGAAGUUCAAAUUCGCGUCGGAGAAACUUUGAAGGAAUAACGAGCCACCGAAUCAGAUCACACAUAUUGCAAGAUUGCAAGGUGAAGAUUGACUGAAUUCAAUCCAAUAUGAAGAAGGCAUAACAGUUAUAGAAACCUGUGAAGAUGACAAAGGAUCAUGCAAAAAAUUAAUCAUAAGAGACCAUGUGAUAUCAGGCAUUGACAAGAAGGAGCUGAAACAACUAAAGGACAUUCUACUGAGAGUGAACAGUGGGGACAUCAUUAUAAUGCUGGUAUCACACAACUUUUGACUGAAGAGGUUUUUGUCAAGCAGAGCAGCAGCCUGUCAAUAAACACAGGGAUUGUCUCAAAUGGUUUAAAAUCAAUGCUUGCUAAGCAUUUCCAUAAUAGGUACGAGAUAAAAGUAUGAAAGCCUUCAUCAACAUCAAUGAACAACCAUGAAAAAAUGCCUGUAAGCCAUAAUUUUUAAAAAGAAACAGAUCAAUAUAACACACAUAACCAUUUAUUUAAUGUAGACUAAACAGGCUCUGUGGAGAAAUCAGGCUCCACAGAUCAGAAGAACUGUUGCUAGAGCACAGUGGGUGCUAUAACUGAGGCAUCAAACAUAUACUGGAGUUUUUCAAACAACCUAGACCCUUGAAAACCAUCAAUAUGAACCUGACCGCCCAUCUUCUGGACCUCAUGCUGAAGGCUUCCAACCUCUCUCGCUGGCAGUUCAUCCAGGAAUACUCCAUUCCUCCAUUGGUGGCAGUGCCCAGACUCCCUAGUGCCCUGCUUCCGGUUUUUGGCCUGCUCUACAUGCUCAUCUUUGGGUUUGCGGUGGUGGGCAAUGGGGCAGUGCUGGUUCUCUUAUGUCGCAGGAAGGCUCUGCAAUCUCCCAGCACCUUUUUCAUUUGCUCUCUGGCACUCAGUGACCUUCUGAUCUCCAUAGUGUGUGUUCCUGCCACACUGCUCCAGCACUUCUUCACCAAUUGGUUGGCAGGAGAUUUUCUGUGCAAGUUAAUACCCUUCCUGCAAGUGACAGCUAUCGCGACCAGCAUGCUCACCAUGACGUGUAUUGCUGUAGAGCGUUUCCAGGGAAUCCUUUAUCCUCUGCACGUCCGCAACAGCUACUUUCUCUGUCAUGCAUUCAAGAUGCUGGUGAUCGUGUGGUCGGUUGCCCUGGCAAUCGCGGCUCCCAUGUGGUUUGUCCAGAAAGUGGAGGCAAAAUAUGACUUCCUGUUCGACGUCCACUACACCAGUUGUUUGGAAGUGUGGCCAAGCCUGCAGCAAAGGAGAGCCUACACUACCUGCCUGUCCGUACUGGUGUUCCUGGCCCCCUUGGCGACCAUGGCCAUCCUGUACUGGAAGAUCAUGCGAGAGCUCUGGGGCAAACACAAAGUACAUGAUGUCAUGUUUCAAACACUCCCGGGAUCUGAAAUCAAAAAGAUUACCAGGAGAAAGAAGCGUGCAAUAAGAAUGAUGGCCACCGUGGUGCUGCUCUUUGCUGCCUGCUGGGCACCUUUCCAUCUGGUCUCCCUCCUGCUUGACUAUGGUCAGCUGCAUCUUGAUCUUGACUCUGAGUUUCUCCUGGUCAGCGUGGUUCAGAUCCUCGGAUUCAGCAACUCGGUGUGUAACCCACUAGUUUAUGCCGCCCUCAACACCACCUUCAAGAGGGACCUGCUGGCUCUGCUCACCCGAGGAUGGAGCUCCGGUGGAAGAGGUUGCUGCUGUAGCCCAUGUUCAUGUUGGUCCUGGAAGAGUCACAAACGAGUGGGCAUAUCAGCAGUGGAGUCAGUCGAACCCAGACAGACGACACCUAGACAGAGAGGGAUCAGGUUGUGGAGUAAACCAGCUUGGGAAGCCGAACCAGAGAGGCCUACAUCUAAUAUGUUUCCCCCCAUGAAUCUUCUUAGUGCCAUCAAAUCCAAAAAGACCUCCAGUACCAUGAUACUAAGUGUUAUUGACCCUCCACACACAGACAGCACAUCUGGUUCUGACCAGCCUUUCACAGGGAUGCUGGGAGAGUGAAUAUCAACAGAAUGAGACUGUAAUGAUACCUGAAACUUGCUGACUUGAUGACUUAGAAGAAGACAAGAGUCCUUCAAGAGUUUAAGACCAUCUGAAAAUCACAACUAUAGUCAGAGACUUUUUGCUCUCAAAAUUUCUCCCACAGCUAAUGAUGUGGUUUCAACAACCUGCCGGUGGCAGUUUUCAGACUUUUGAAAGAUGUUUUUUCUUUCGGAGCUCAGUUAAUAUCUGCACAAUAAAGAUGGGAGCGAAUCACCGCUGAAACACAUUGAGAUGUUUUUGAAGUGCUUCCAGUCUGACCUUCUGAAGAACUCAUAUGGACAAGACCAGCUACAGUAUGUCAUUAAUUUUGGUUCGGCUCUGAGAAGAUAUUUUUAUGUGCACCUUUCCUAGACUAUGGUAAUUCUUUUCUAGCUGGAUUGGACUAUUGGAGCAGCACAAAAGAUUAUUUGAUGAUUAUUUUUCUGUGCUUUUAUGUCUCAUAUCUAGGAGUGUGUGCAGCCUCUCGCCUCAGGGUAUGUGGUUUCUGUCUCCAUGGAUGGGCUCAAAGUCUACUGGAAGUUAUUAGAGACAGCAGGAGCCUGCAGAGCCGUUUGGAGGUGCCCAGCUGAGUGCAGACGCCACACCCUCCAUAAAGCCUAACCGUGUGGAUUUAUAAAAUGACAGCUGUAGAGUUUGCUAGAGGCAAUGUUUUACAAUUUCAGAUAACCUGGAGAUAGAUACAGAUUGCCUGGCAGAACACACACACAUGUUUGGUACCCUGAUACCUCAGCUCAUCAUAGCAUCAACAUCAUUUGAAUGAUUUUAUUAAAAUAUCAUAUUUUAAAAGAUGUUCAUUUGUAUAUUUUUCUAUUGUGAUACAAAUAAAAGUAGCUUAGAUGAUUUAA